ACUGCCGGGGGUGCCAAACCCCUUACCGAUACGGCCCGUUCAGGCGUAGACGGCAUCGACCGGCGCCGAUCCCGAAGCAUCGGCUCGCUAUCGCGUGAGAGCCGCAUCGCAGCGGUAAUUGCAUCCCUUGGGUUGAAGCAUAGAUGCUGACUAGGAUAGUUGGUCACUUGUCACCUAGCACUGAGUCCCUGGUGAAGAUAGGGAUAUUGCCCGCCCUGGACGAAAUCGAAGCCCGACGUUUAGAGAAUAGCUCACCUGGGACCACCAUGUCUGCGCCGGAUCCGCCCGCAUCGUUUAACUUCUACACUCCAUGCAGUUCGCUGUUGUCUCCAGUGACUCAGUCGGUCGAUGCAUCACCACCCUCUUUGCACCUUGACCCGUCGAGGUCUCACCCCUCAUCUUAUCAGAGCCGCCCAAAACUCGCACCGCCGGCGGAUAUUAUCGGAAGUGGAGGUAGCAGUCGACGCCGACGUCCGAACCCCAACGAACCGAUUUCGUCCUUGCAUCGCAGACAUCGUUCUCAACAAGAGUUUGGUGUAUCCAGACCAGUCACACACUCGGAGAAAGUCCUUGUCCCAGGGACUCCUCCCCUCCGCCCAUCGCCGACGGCUCCCUAUAACGAUGCGGGAAGCCAUGCUCGGAGUAGCGCCAUGGAGCAAGAUGCUAUAGAAACGCUGCUCUUCAUGUCUAGUCCGGGGCACUCGGGGUAUCAUUCCAGCUCGCAACAUUCUCAACGACACCAGAACGUCCUCCGGAGCAUUGACUCAAUAGGAUCCGACGUCCGGGUGCCACCAAGUCAGGACUCACAUGCCAGCAGUUACCGCGAUCGGGGUGUACGUGGAUCCCAUGGUCAGGACCUGGGUCUAGAAGCGCAGGCCGGGGAUGCGAUCGACCUGAUGUUGGAUCAAAUGGACAGUGACAGCGAUGACGGCAUAAAAUACGCUUCGAAUUCGAGCCGGCAAGACAGUUCAGAGCGCACGAAAAUGGAGACGGUUCGAGGAAGAUGACAGUCUACUUGCCUUAAGGGAUGUCCGCACCUUCUUAUAUAAGUUCCUGCCUAUUCUAAGCUUACAUGAGCAGAAUUAAUACAGGGUGCGGAACCUCGGUUACGAGUGUCCCGUUCCAGACAGUCUCAUUGUGAUCUAGUCUAGCCGGCGGUCCAUCUUACAUCCAUCCAUCUUCAGCCCAAUUGCAUACAAGGCGUUUAAAUUCCACGGUUCAAUAUAAAACAAAUAUUAGAUAUCAU